AUGACCAAGUCACAGUCCAACCUCUCGCAGAUGAAAGACUUCCUGUCUUAUCUCACAACAGUCAAUGGCGACCUAUCGAACAUCACCGCGCCACCAUUCGUCCUGUCGCCAAAGUCAGUCACCGAGAUUCCCGCAUCAUGGGCUGAGCGGCAUGAUCUAUUCCUGCAACCGGCACAGGAGAACGAUCCCACAGAGCGCGCACUCCUGAUCCUGAAGAACUUCCUAUGCAGUCUAAAGAGGCAUGUAUACACCGCCGCCUCAGAGGGCUCGGACGGCGGGGCCAAGAAGCCGCUCAACGCCUUUCUGGGCGAGCUCUUCCUGGGCACAUUCGAAGGCCGCGAUGGCAGCACGACGCAGCUCAUAUCCGAGCAAGUGUCGCAUCACCCGCCCGUGACGGCUUGCACCCUCUACAACAAGACCCAUGGUGUCUCGUCGUCGGGUUAUGUCGCGCAGGAGACCACCUUCAGCCCUACAGCCGGCGUGAGGGUGCAGCAGAUCGGCCACGCCAUCAUUCGUGAUGAGGCACACCGGGAGUCACAUUUGAUGACUUUGCCGACCGUGGCCGUCAAAGGUCUCGUAACAGGCCAUCCCUAUCCGGAACUGGAGGGGACAUCUUACAUCUCAUCAAGCUCGGGGUUUCUUGCUACGAUCGAAUUCCAAGGCAAGAAGACAAUGGGCUUCGGCACCAAAAACAGCGUACGUGCCGAUCUGAAGAACAUCAGAGAUGGUGGGAAGCAACUGUUCGAGGUGACCGGGCAGUGGAACGGACGGCUUAUCAUCAAAGACUGUGCCAGCGGCGCCGUGGUCGAAGAAUUCAACGUGGAUGAGGUACCCUUCACUGAGUUGAAAGUCAAGCCGGCCGAGGCCCAGAGUCCAUGGGAGUCGAGAAGAGCCUGGAAAAAGGUCAUCGAAGGCGUCCAUACGGGAGACAUGCACACCACCAGCGACGAGAAGAACAAGCUCGAGGAAGCGCAGAGAGCUUUCCGCGCAGCUGAAGAACAAAACGGCAUCGAGUGGCCCAGAGUGUUCUUCCAGCAUUCCAAUGACAGUCAGGAGUACGCCCUCUUGGCGGGAAUCAUUCCGGACGAGGCGGUCAAGAAGCCGGAUCGGAAGCGGACGGCAGGCGUAUGGAAGUUCAUCGGCGUUGAGCGAGCAGAGGCUUUGCUGUCUGAGGGCGCGCCGGUCUAUCAUAACUCGUUGGAGCCCACGGGGCAGAGAGAUCCCGAGUAA